AAUUAUUUGAUAAGUGCAAAUUAGUGAUGAAGGGUCUUGUUAAAAUUUAUCAGAAUUUCAUAAAGACAUACCCUGUGUUUUCUAAUGCAGUUCAAACUGCAACGUUAAUGGCAACUGGUGAUCUUAUAGCUCAAACGGUUGUGGAACAGCGUCAACUUCACAACAUUAAUCUUAAAAGAACCAUUCAGUUUGCAUCAGUGGGCUUUGUUUUGGUGGGUCCUGUACUAUCAAACUGGUACAGAUUACUGUCACGAAUGGUAGGAGAAGAAAGUAAAGUGGCGGGUCUCAAGAAGAUGGCGCUAGAUCAAAUUUGUUUCGCGCCGUGUUUUUUAUAUAUUUUUUUAGUCACCACAAAUCUUGUUCAGGGAUUCACAUUUCUUGAAGCUAAAAACAACGUUUCUAGAGACUACAUUGAUAUUGUUAUAAAUAAUUAUAGACUUUGGCCAGUAGUACAAUUAGUCAAUUUUUGUUUUGUUCCCCUUCCUUACCAGGUUUUAUUGGUUCAAACAGUAGCAAUUAUUUGGAACACUUAUCUUUCAUGGAAAACCCAAAUAAAAACGUAAAUAAGACAGAAAUGUCAGUAACUUAUAGACUCACCUCAGGCAUCUUGCACCUUAUUAUGAUAAGCAAUCAAAAGUUGUUAUUUUUUUACGUUUUAUGAAUAUUCAUUUUGCAUUUUUACAUAUAAAGCUGACCAUAGGUAACAUAUUGCAUUUUCAUAGUGGUAUCAUUUUUAUUUUUAAGUUAAAUUAAUUUUUAUCUCAACACAUUCCUGAAUAUAAACAAUAUUUAAGGAUGUACUGGGUGUAG